AUGGGAAAGUCAGAUUUCCUUACUCCCAAGGCCAUUGCCAACAGGAUCAAAUCCAAGGGACUUCAGAAGCUUCGCUGGUAUUGUCAAAUGUGCCAAAAGCAGUGCCGAGAUGAGAAUGGCUUUAAGUGUCAUUGUAUGUCCGAAUCUCAUCAGAGACAACUCUUGCUGGCUUCAGAAAAUCCUCAACAAUUUAUGGAUUAUUUUUCAGAGGAAUUUCGAAAUGAUUUUCUAGAACUUCUCAGGAGACGUUUUGGCACCAAGAGAGUCCACAACAACAUUGUAUAUAAUGAGUAUAUAAGUCAUCGAGAACAUAUCCAUAUGAAUGCUACUCAGUGGGAAACACUGACUGAUUUUACCAAGUGGUUGGGCAGAGAAGGCUUAUGCAAAGUGGAUGAAACACCAAAAGGUUGGUAUAUUCAGUAUAUAGAUAGAGACCCAGAAACUAUCCGCCGGCAACUGGAACUAGAGAAAAAAAAGAAGCAGGACCUUGACGAUGAAGAAAAAACUGCCAAGUUUAUUGAACAACAAGUGAGAAGAGGUCUGGAAGGCAAAGAACAGGAAGCUCCUGUUUUUACGGAAUUAAGCAGAGAAAACGAAGAAGAGAAAGUUGCAUUUAAUUUGAAUAAAGGAGCAUGUAGUUCAGCAGUCUCAGCAUCAUCCUCUAAGGAUCCCAAUUGUUGGCUUGCUCUAGGGCCAAGUGCAUUGAAGACAGUUGGGAGUGCAGCAUCUUUGAAGCGUAAAGAGUCUUCCCAUAGCUCUGCUCAGUCAAGAGCGAAGAAAAAGAAAUCUGCACUUGAUGAAAUCAUGGAGAUUGAAGAAGAAAAGAAAAGAACUGCUCGAACAGACUACUGGCUACAGCCUGAAAUCAUUGUAAAAAUUAUAACCAGAAAACUUGGAGAGAAAUAUCAUAAGAAAAAGGGUAUUGUUAAGGAAGUAAUUGACAAAUAUACAGCUGUUGUCAAGAUGCUUGAUUCUGGAGAAAAGCUGAAACUUGACCAAACUCAUCUAGAAACUGUAAUACCAGCACCAGGAAAAAGAAUUCUGGUUUUAAAUGGAGGCUACAGAGGAAAUGAAGGCACUCUAGAAUCCAUCAAUGAGAAGACUUUUUCGGCUACUAUAGUUAUAGAAACUGGCCCUUUAAAAGGACGCAGAGUUGAAAGAAUUCAAUAUGAAGACAUUUCUAAGUUGGCCUGA